AUGGCUUUUUAUAAUUAUGAUGCCAGGGGAGUGGAUGAACUUUCAUUACAGAUAGGAGACACUGUGCACAUCUUAGAAACAUAUGAAGGGUGGUACAGAGGUUACACCUUAAGAAAAAAGUCUAAGAAGGGUAUAUUUCCUGCUUCAUAUAUUCAUCUUAAAGAAGCGAUAGUUGAAGGAAAAGGGCAACAUGAAACGGUCAUCCCAGGCGACCUCCCCCUCAUACAGGAAGUCACCACAACGCUCCGAGAGUGGUCUACCAUCUGGAGACAGCUCUACGUGCAAGAUAAUAGGGAGAUGUUUCGAAGCGUGCGGCACAUGAUCUAUGACCUUAUUGAAUGGCGAUCGCAGAUUCUUUCUGGCACUCUGCCGCAGGAUGAGCUCAAAGAACUGAAGAAGAAGGUCACAGCCAAAAUUGAUUAUGGAAACAGAAUUCUUGAUUUGGACCUGGUGGUUAGAGAUGAAGAUGGAAACAUUUUGGAUCCAGAACUAACUAGCACGAUUAGUCUCUUCAGAGCUCAUGAAAUAGCUUCUAAACAAGUGGAGGAAAGAUUACAAGAAGAAAAGUCUCAGAAGCAGAACUUGGAUAUUAACAGACAAGCCAAGUUUGCUGCCACCCCUUCCCUGGCUUUGUUUGUCAAUCUCAAAAAUGUGGUUUGUAAAAUAGGAGAGGAUGCUGAAGUCCUCAUGUCUCUCUAUGACCCUGUGGAGUCCAGAUUCAUCAGUGAAAACUACCUGGUUCGCUGGUCAAGUUCGGGAUUACCUAAAGAUAUAGACAGAUUGCAUAAUUUGCGAGCUGUUUUUACGGACCUUGGAAGCAAAGACCUGAAAAGGGAGAAGAUCAGUUUUGUCUGUCAGAUUGUUCGAGUGGGUCGCAUGGAGCUGAGAGAAAACAACACGAGGAAGCUGACCUCGGGGCUGCGGCGACCUUUCGGAGUGGCCGUGAUGGAUGUAACAGAUAUAAUAAAUGGAAAAGUCGAUGAUGAAGAUAAACAACAUUUCAUUCCCUUUCAGCCGCUCGCAUUGGAUGACGCCUUUCGACACAAGCCGCUCAACAUGUCAUCCCGUUUUUCACCCAGGGUGGCAGGGGAGAAUGACUUCCUUCAGACUGUUAUAAACAAAGUCAUCGCUGCCAAAGAAGUCAACCACAAGGGGCAGGGUUUGUGGGUAACAUUGAAAUUACUUCCUGGAGAUAUUCAUCAGAUUCGAAAAGAGUUUCCUCAUUUAGUGGACAGGACCACAGCAGUGGCUCGCAAAACAGGAUUUCCAGAGAUCAUCAUGCCUGGUGAUGUUCGAAAUGAUAUCUACGUAACAUUGGUUCAAGGAGAUUUUGAUAAAGGCAGUAAAACUACAGCGAAGAACGUCGAGGUCACUGUGUCUGUUUAUGAUGAAGAUGGGAAGCGACUGGAGCAUGUGAUUUUCCCGGGUGCUGGUGAUGAAGCGAUUUCGGAGUACAAAUCUGUGAUUUACUAUCAAGUAAAGCAGCCGCGCUGGUUUGAGACCGUUAAGGUGGCCAUUCCCAUUGAGGAUGCUAACCGCAGUCACCUUCGAUUUACCUUCCGCCAUAGAUCAUCACAGGACUCUAAGGAUAAAUCUGAGAAAAUAUUUGCACUAGCGUUUGUAAAGCUAAUGAGAUACGAUGGGACCACUCUGAGAGACGGGGAGCAUGACCUCAUCGUCUACAAGGCCGAAGCAAAGAAGCUGGAAGAUGCUGCAACGUACCUGAGUCUGCCCUCCACAAAGGCAGAGUUGGAAGAAAAGGGCCACUCAGCAACGGGCAGGAGCAUGCAGAGUCUUGGGAGCUGUACCAUCAGCAAAGAUUCCUUCCAGAUCUCCACGCUCGUGUGCUCCACCAAACUGACCCAGAAUGUGGACCUUCUGGGGCUCCUGAAGUGGCGAUCGAACACCAACUUGCUGCAGCAGAACUUGAGGCAGUUGAUGAAAGUCGAUGGGGGUGAAGUGGUGAAGUUCCUCCAGGACACCUUGGAUGCCCUCUUCAACAUCAUGAUGGAGAACUCGGAGAGUGAGACUUUUGAUACGUUAGUGUUCGAUGCUCUGGUAUUUAUCAUUGGACUAAUUGCUGAUCGAAAAUUUCAGCAUUUCAAUCCUGUUUUGGAAACCUACAUUAAGAAACACUUUAGUGCAACAUUAGCCUACACGAAACUGACGAAAGUAUUAAGGAACUACGUGGACAAUGCCGAGAAGCCAGGCAUCAGUGACCAGCUGUACAAAGCUAUGAAAGCUUUAGAGUACAUCUUCAAGUUCAUCGUGCGCUCCCGGAUACUGUUCAAUCAACUAUAUGAAAACAAAGGAGAGGCUGACUUCGUGGAGUCUCUGCUGCAGCUGUUCCGAUCCAUCAACGACAUGAUGAGCAGCCUGUCUGACCAGACGGUCAGGGUGAAG